AUGGAAACGAGCGGAACAACUACUAUUCCGAAAAACUCCGAAAGUAAUAUCCAGACUGUCGAAAACAAAAACAAACAAGAUCAACAAAGAUCGACGGAAAAAGAAAAACUUGUACGAGAACUAACAGAUAUGGGCUUUUCCAAAUCACUAGUCUUACAAAUUGUUGAUAAUGCUGGUGAUGUACCUAAAGCCUUAAUUGUUGAACAACUGUUAACCACAAACCCAGGACCUAGCGAAAAUAUACCUGUGGUAGAAGAUGACGGGGAUCAAUUAUGGGAAGAUGUUACUGUUGCUAAUAAAAUGGUAAUCGUUAUAAACACUGGAUUGAAAAUGAGUGUUGGGAAGAUUGCUUCGCAAGCUGCUCAUGCUGCAUUGGGCUUGUAUGAAGUGAUUAAAGAACGUAUAGAUUUAAGCUCUGAUUUAAUUAGUUGGAACGAACAAGGAAGUCGAAAAAUUGUUGUUGAAGCAAACAACACUAAUCAACUUAUUAAAGUAUGUUCAGAGGGUAAAAUACACAAAAUUCCAUUUUUCUGUGUUCAUGACGCAGGUUUAACCGAAGUGGAACCCAAUUCAUUCACUGCAUUGGCUUUUUUUGGAUCUGAUCAAGAACUCAAGCCUGUAACCGGAAAACUUAGACUACUAAAAUGAAUAACAUUUAUUCGUUUUGGAGAACAUUUAAAUCGUUUAUUGGUUAUAAAUAUAUUUGACGACUUACAACUAACAUUUUUAGUUAUACAACUAUGAAUGUGCUACAUAAAAACACAGUAUUGUAUUCAAUUAAAAGUGAAUAAAAUUUAAAGUUAUCUGCUGAUA